CCAGAAUCAUUUGUGGUGCCUUCAAUUUUGCUUGAUAUGAAUUUAAGUAAAACUGCUCCUCACUUUGCUGGUCACAGAGUUCCUACUUGGAGUUGGGGAUUACCGUCCGGUGCCUCAGUGGUUCGAAUGGCUGCUUUAGAUCCAAGUAUAUCAGAUAGUCGACAGAAAGAUGUAAUGAUUGAUGCCAUUAGCAGAGCAAGCCCUCGUCAGCUGCCUGUUCGUAUUUUCAAUUUGGAUGAGACUUGCCCUAGUUAUAGAGAUGUACAGAGUAGUUUCUUAAAACUAAAAGACCUUUGUGCAUUAAGUACACCUAAUGAAUUCUGGGAAACAGACAGUAAUUACCUCAGUAAACUGGACUCAACAAAAUGGCUUCAUCACAUUUCUUCAUGCCUGAAUAUUACUUUAGAAGCUACAAAGUGCAUUCUUGAAAAUACAACUGUCAUUUUCUCAGAACAUGAAGGAAGAGAUUUAAGUGCAAUCCUGUCAAGUCUUGUUCAAAUUAUUUUGGAUCCCUUGUAUCAUACUAUUACUGGGUUUGAACUGCUUAUUCAAAAAGAAUGGGUUGCUUUGGGUCAUCCAUUCACAGAAAGACAUCGUCUGAUAAGUGGAUGUGAAGGAGAAGAGCUGAAGAAAAUAAUUGGAAAUACGUUUUGUUUAACCCCACAAUUAUGCCACCAAAGCGAAGUGCUAUUGGUCGAUCUACAAAUCAAGCAAAAAGGAAAAGAGAAGAACGAGCUUCAGAAACAAGUGAGCAGAGAAAAAUUAGGCAAGAAAGAGAUCAAGAUCACAUUGCUCUUGCUCAAGCUUCAGAAACAAGUGAGCAGAGACAAGCUAGGCAAAAACGAGAUCGAGUUCACACUGCUCUUGCUCGAUCGUUAGAAACGAGUGAACAGAGGCAAGCAAGGCAGCAAAGGAAUCAAAUUUGCAGGACACAGACAAGACGAAUGAUACAUACUGAUUUGAAUUUAUGUGGUUUCAAUUGCAAUCCUCCUUACAAUUACAGUCUUCAUCCAAGUGUAAUUAUUGGGAAAAUGGAUUAAAAGUGUAUGUAUUGUGGUGCUCAAAAAUUUAAAAAUGAAACACCAGGUAUGUGUUGUGCAGGUGGAAAAAUAAAGUUAUCAGACUUGCGUUCACCACCUGAACCAUUAUUAACUUUAGUAUCAGGUGAAACAAGUCAAUCAAAAAAACUUUUGAAAAAUGUACGCAAGUACAAUUCAUGCUUCCAAAUGACAUCAUUCGGAGCAACGAAAAUUGUUAGCGCAAAUUAUAUGCCAACAUAUAAAGUACAAGGGCAAAUUUAUCACCAUGUUGGAUCACUACUGCCCUUGCCAAAUGCUGAUCACAGAUAUCUUCAUAUAUUUUAUGGGAAAUACUGAUGAACAAAUCAACAGACGGUGUCAACUGAAUAUGAGUACUAAACGAGAGAUUGUCGCUGAAUUACAAAAUUUGUUUGAACAACAUAAUGAAUUAAUUAAAUUAUUUAAAACCGCCAUUGAACAAAUGCCAUCUGAUGAUUAUAAAGGCAGAUAAAACACCUAUUGGUCAACAUCGAAUACUAUUCAACACACCAACAAUCGAUGAAGUGACAAUUGCCAUAGUUGGUGAAUUUAAUUCUCGCGAUAUCAUUCUUCAUCGUAGAAAUGGUGAUGUCCAGCAAGUAUCAGAAACGUAUCAUUCAUAUGAUGCAUUACAAUAUCCCAUUCUAUUUUGGCAAGGAGAGGAUGAAUAUCAUUUUAAUAUUAAUAUGAGAAAUCCUACAACUAAUGUGGACAUUAACAAAAAAGGUCAGUGCUAUGAAUUAUUAUGCAUAUCGAACGAUGAUUUGUGAGAAUGCUGAUAAUCAUAUAUUGAGAAAUGUAGACAAUUAUUUCAUCAAUACAUUGUUGACAUCUAUGCAAAAAUAGAAAAUGAGAGACUCCUCUACAUACGACUAAAUCAAGUGAAAUUGCAUUCUGAAGAGUACAUCCAUUUGCAUCAUGCAGUUCUAAAUGAUGGCAAUCUCAGUGAAUUAGGGAAAAUGAUCAUUUUACCAUCCACAUUUACAGGCAUCCUAAGACACAUGCAUGAAUAUGCACAAGAUGCAAUGACGUACGUUUGUGCAUAUGGUUGUCCAGAUUUUUUCAUCAAAUUUACAUGCAACCCAGCAUGGGAUGAAAUAAAGGAGCUUUGAUUAACUGGACAAUCACCAUGAGAUCGUCGUGAUAUUUCUGCACGUGUAUUUAAACAAAAAUUAAAAUCUUUAAUAGUUUUUAUUGUCAAACACCAUGUAUUUGGAGAGAUGCACUGUUGGAUGUAUUCCAUUGAAUGGCAAAAAAGAGGUUUACCACAUGCGCAUAUUUUAAUAUUGAUGAUGGAAAAGAUAACACCAAACAGAAUUGAUGAAAUCAUCUGUGCAGCAAUACCAGACAUUGAAAUUGAUAAAGACUUGCACAAUAUUGUCUAAAAAAAUAUGAUUCAUGGUCCAUGUGGCUAGCUAAAUAAUAAUUCACCAUGUGUGUCAGAUGGAAAGUGCACAAAGCAGUAUCCUAGAGACUUUCUUGCUGAAACUAUUACAAGCAAUGAUGGAUAUCCACUCUAUUGACGAUGAUCUACCAAAGAUGGUGGAAAAUCCAUUAAACUAAAAGUACUCAAGAAUACUAUUGAUGUUGAUAAUCAUUGGGUAGUUCCAUAUUCUCCAUUACUGCUAAAAACGUAUAAUGCACACAUAAAUGUUGAGUACUGCAAUUCAGUGAAAGCUAUAAAAUAUAUUUGCAAAUAUGUGAACAAAGAAAGCGAUAUGGCAGUGUUUGGAGUGGAAAAUACAACUGCAUCUAACGAUGAAGUCACCCAAUAUCAACUGGGACGCUACAUAAGUAGCAGUGAGGCUGUAUGGCG